UCCCGAGUGCCGCUCCUCAACACCAAACACCGUUAGUUCGCAGUACAACAGGGUGUAGUAGUAAAGUAACUGUGAACCUUGCUUCCGGACACGUUUUUUUUUGGGCCAUCAUUGACUUCUGAUAAAGAUUGCUCUUCUCAGGGUCAGUGACAUCGGCAUUGCGCGGAUACUUGAAGAAAUCGUCGGUCGUAUAAACCUCUAUUCGACAGCGCUGUCGAAAUGUUAAACAUGCCGACUUCCUUUUGCGCAAGUUGGUCAAGCAGUUCGAGUGUUGUUUGCUACACAACUAUGUCACUAGUUGACUCAGUCCGACGCCGCACAGCAGGACGGCAGUUUGUGACACCUGGGCUGGACACCUGAUCUGAUCGGAGAGGCGUCACGGCGCCACUUCAAGCAGCUGUGUGGCAGUGUCGGCCCGUCAACAGUUUUCGAUGUCAAAAACAAAAUAAGGAAAGCGGCGCUGUCGAUCCUCCUCGCGCUAACGCGCGGUGGCAUGUGUUGAACCUGACUAACAUGGCACAUCACCCCAGGGGUAGCAGGUGUACGGGGCCGAGCUGAUUGGUGGUGACACUUCAUGGCCAGCAGUGGGCCUUUGGGCGAGGAGGAGGGAACCCGAUGGGGUGGCUGGGAAGGAGAGGAGGAUGAGGAUGCAGGCAGCGACAUCACCAUGGACAGCACAGCCACGAGCCUGGUGGGCUGCCGGCCGCGCAAUGGCUCACUCAGCUCCGAGGCCCCCUCCGAGGCUGUCCCCGACAAGUACGGCUUCCUGGGUGGAUCGCAGUACACUCAGCCCAAUCUGUCACGUCGCGUACCUGUUGAAGUCCAGUGGAAGCGCGAGCUGAAGUGGAGGGACAUGCUGGAGAAUUGGGAACGUUACAUGACCAAGCAUUUUAAGAAGGUGAGAGAUAGAUGUCGAAAAGGCAUCCCAUCAUCAAUGCGCUCCGUUGCCUGGCAGAACCUGUGCGGGGGUCGGUUCCUGAUGGAGAGCUAUCCUGGGAAGUUUACGGAGCUGGACAAGCACCCAGGUGACCCACGAUGGGUCGAUGACAUCCGUAAAGACCUGCAUCGACAAUUUCCACAGCACGAAAUGUUUGUGAAGGACCAUGGCCAUGGGCAGGAAGACCUCUUCCGAAUACUGAAAGCCUACUCGGUGCUGAACCCUGCAGUAGGCUACUGCCAGGGCCAAGCGCCUAUCGCAGCCGUCCUGCUCAUGCACAUGCCGGCCGAGCACGCCUUCUGGUGUCUCGUGGCCAUCUGCGACAAGUACCUGCGAGGGUACUACAGCCCUGGACUGGAUGCUGUCCAGCUGGAUGGAGAGAUAUUGUUUGCACUACUCAAAAAGGUUUCCCCAUCUACACAUCGUCAUUUAAAAAAGCAGCGUGUGGAUCCCAUCAUGUACAUGACAGAAUGGUUCAUGUGCGCCUACAGCCGCACCUUGCCUUGGGCUACCGUGCUUCGCGUGUGGGACGUUUUUCUCUGUGAAGGUGUGAAGGUGCUUUUCAAGGUCGCUCUGGUGCUUCUGCGAGGUGUGCUUGGAGGAGGAGAUGUUGGCAAGCGCUACCCAGCCAUGUUCGAGACGCUGGAGGCCCUGCGAUCUCUGCCCGGGCCACUUGUUCAGGAGGACUAUCUCGUCACACAGUUUGUUCAGCUAGAUGUCACCAGCCACGACAUGAUGAAGGAGCACCAGCGACAGAUUGCCAAGCGGCGGCUCGCGCAGCUCUCCAAAGUGAAAACCUAGCAGAGGAGCACGGGACAGCAGUUAGCUCUGCAGCUACCUGUUGGUACACAGAAGCCAAAAGCCACUCUGUCUAGAGAGAGAGAGAGAGCUAGGCUUCCUCGGAGAAACGUAAUCCUGCUUCAAAAAGAAGGAAAAAAGUGCAUGACACUGUCGCCAGAGGCAGUCUGAGGCUCCUCACGGCUAGCAGAAUUGUAUGAAGGUUGGUGCUUCAGUGGUUCAAGUCAUGCUCGAGGCUUAUCGGUGAAAAGCACUAUUCUACUCUAAGGCAAUUUUUGGGUUGUGGCCUCGAUCGGUCACUUUCGGGGAUGCUUUCAAUUUUACGGGGUGUAACAUCCAGCGUGACACCGCACUGAAGCGCUGGCCAUCUUGUCAAUGCACUUGGACACUACGCACUGUGAGAAUAACGCAGAUUGAAGGUAUGGCAUACCUUUGGUCACAUCCACGUCAACUGUCUCAGUCAAUCAGUGGGCACUGAAAGUGAUAUCCCUAAGAAUUAUCUAUGGAGAAUGCAGCCCCAGUUGUUUCCCAGCUGUAGGUAAUGGAUGACAGUAUGCAGAAAUUUUUUCGCAUAGUAGAAAACCAUUUACAAGUGCUCACGCUUUGUGGUGAUGUGACACUGUAGAGGAUGUGUGGCUAUAGCCUUUAUGACGAUUGGAGGCGAUGUGAGGAGAUCGUACUGUAGUGGUGCACAGAAGUGUACUCUGACGAGAGAGUUUUAGCAUACCGCUACUGCGCUAUCACUACUGUCUUAUUCAUCUCCCAGUUUUGCUCGUGCUAGCUUAGCUGCACCAGGUGCAUAUGCGACGUGGCUUAGCCACAUUGCACGUGCAAAGAUGCACCAACAAGCCCAAUUCUCUUGAUCUACUGUAGCUUAGCUAGGCAUAUAUAAAGUUGGCAGAUGGCCAAAGCAGUAGUGUUAAAGUAGAGUGGAAGCGGCAUGCUAUAACUCUGUGUUGAAGCCAACAAGUGCACGUCACUGUGGUAAAGGACGUUGCCACACAAACUCUGCCUGGCGUGGUUUUACACUAAGAAGUCUCCGGCAAUAUAUUCCCAAGGGGCUGCUUCAAACUGUGCCUGGUUUUAAGAACUUGUCAGUAGUAAAAUUUAGCUUAAUUGCGAUAGAUUUACUGCCAAUUGUGACUGCUUCCACAUGCUAAGAUUAUUUGUGAACUUUCAUGCACGACAUUCGUGAGAUAUUCAACAAUUCAUAGCUUGAUACUGAUUAUUGAGAUCAGUUGAACACCAUAAUCGAGGCACAAACAUUACUAGGUACGUCUCCUCAACAACAGUCCAGCAGCUUGCUAGUCUAGUCAUAAAAGUUGUAUAAACAGUAUCAUACUUUGAAGUUCCCAAGUAGGAUAAAUUGUAAACUGUACCAGUGUGUCUUUGCUUGAUAUUCUUAACCUUGACUUGCUGUUUUGUGCAAGUUGUAAUCUGUAGGCCAUCGAAAAUAUCCAUGAGAAUGCAUAUGCUCAUUGUCUAUAUUGCUACCUGAUGGCUUAAAGAGUGGACCAUGGUGCCGGUGAUAUUAUGAGCAUUAUGGCACAAUGUCGCUUAAAUACCCUGUUUUCACACACAUAACCCGCCUCCUCAUAUAAGCUGCGCAGCCCAUUAGAGCUCCCAGGAAUGGUUUAAAAAAGCCCGCGCAAAUAAUGGCUUGAACAUAAUUCUAACUGUUGUACGAGCAAUUCAAUACCAUUGUCAGUACCAGGAAAAGCAUCACUGGUGCCCUCUGUUGAAGGCGCGGUGCGGCUUCACAGCAGUGCAGUGCAUAUUUAUGUGCGAAUUCUGCCUUCAAAUGCAAGUUCACGGCAAUGCUCGCAGCAUUGACGUGAACCAGCUUGUGAAGGCAACGUUUGAGUAUAACUCGGACCUGCACUUUCUUCUUCAGUUCCUCAAGCUCUUGGUCUGUGUUAUAUGCGCGCAAAUAUGGUAACUUUCAUGUCAGUGUUUAUAGCUAGACGCUUGUUAACUGUGUGCUAUAACUGCCUUUCUGAAACACUGGAUAACUUCAAGCUUCUUCUCGCUUAACCUGUUGUGAUGGAUCAAUGUUGCAACAUUGUUGCGCUCCCUAAGCCUCACCUUUCUCUCUGGACAAAGUUGGCUUUGGCAGAUGUGGUAGCAUUGUCAAAAAUUAUGAACAAACCUGAAGCGACUUCAGCAGCAGCUGAAGUACUGUGAACCACCGUGAAGGGACCAACUCUUCCGUAGCCUUUCGUUCUAACACCCUUGUAAGAGGGCAGCAAUACAGAAGAUAACAGUGUUAAUACAACCACACUAGUGAGUGUUGAAGACUGCUUGCUUGUAUGUGGAUGUAGAUGACAAUAAUAUAGUUACACAUCUGUUUUCUUUUUUCUUUUCUCUGUAUACUAUCUGCAGUAGUAGGUUGACAUCAGCCCAACUUUCUGACAUUUCUAGAGGGUUGUCUAAUUGAACACAGAUUUCGAUCAUAGAAAGCCCUCUGAUGGAAAGGGAAUGUCCAUAUGAUGAGCAUAUGGACCACAUCUUAAAUGUGUAACUAUGUGCAGGCAAACUUAUUUUCCUUGUCAGUUUGUGUGGUAGUUCAGUCACAUUCAUCUAACUGGUGCAUACAGACAGUUGCACUACUACGACAGACAAAAAUAACUAUAUUAAUUACCAAGUUACUGGUAAUUGGUAUUACAGAGUCCGCAGACGGGGCUGUGUUUGUGUUUUGCUUGAAGUUCAAAUUCAUUUCAUUUUUGCGCAGCCUUGCUGUUGAAGGCAGCGUUCCUCACCAUGUUCUUUCAGUGUCACUUGUGUUGCUGUGAAUUGGUGCUGUUUUCUGGAACCAUCAUUUAGCUGUAAAUUUCCACUUGAAGGAUGCUUAGAUUGGCUAAAGUAUGUGGGCUCAUUCUGGCCAUUCCUGGCUCAGUCAAAGCGGACUAACACCUGCACAAACCGUGUCACCACACGAGUGAAUGUGGAAUAUGACAGCACACAACGAUUAACAAAAACAAAGCAUGUUUAUUGGCACUCCACUAAAUGCCUAACAACUUCUAGAGAAACCACAACCUGCACCCUACUGGUGCUGGCUAAAACGACUACAGAAAUGUGAGAUGUUCACCUACUUCCUGGAUGCUUGAGGGAACUUUUUAACCAGAAGCACAGCUGCGAGUUUGCACACACGUCUUGUGUUAGCAUUCUCUCACAUCAUCCUGGUUAUCAUCCACUAGGCAGCACACUCGCAUGAAAAGCUGUCAGGUUGUACCACAAACUGGCCAGCACAAAAAUCUUUCAUCAGCAGGUGCCUUUUACUGCAGGUGGGGUAUUGUGACAGAGUUAGCAUAAUGUGGAAGUGCCACCAAAAGUGAUUGUUUCAGAAUACAUGACCUGUAGUCAGCACACGGCAGCUAUAAAUAUACCGCAUGGAGAAGGGAUGGUGUUUGUGAUGAGAACAGCGUGCAUCAUAUUACAGCGCAGCUUCAGCUGCACCAAGCACAGGGAUAUUGAAUAAGUUAUUUCCGGGUCAAAUUGACAACUUCGUUUAUGACUUGUGCUUAAAGGGACGCUAAAGGGUGACAGUUAAUUCGCUUAGGCUGGUAGGCUACGUUUUCAAAAUUCUAUUUGUUGUUCUAUGGUGAAAAAGGGUUGAUUUAUUCGCAAGGAAAAUGAAGGCCAAGUUUUUGCUCAUUUCUUUAUUGUCGGGCCCGAUCUGCGUCACCACCUUCCGCAAUGGUAACCUCACAGUUCAUCUUGACGAAUUUGGGUCACCUUUAUGUGGGGAAGUUUCCCGAAAGUUGCUAAAGUGAGUCAUUAGUUUCUUUAACUCUUUAAGUGUUUUAUCAUUUUUUCCAAAGGUGACCUUAUUUUGCUUUCUUUUAUGGCUUAUUUUCAAACUUCACUCCACCGAAAAGCCUUCUAAAGCUUUUUCAACCAAAUGCUUCAUGUUUUAAGCAUGAAAACAUUGCACCGCUCUGGAGCCACGUCAGUGUCGUCUUCUCUUUCCGAGUCAUCACUUUCGGUAGAAGAAGCGAUGAGGCUAUCGUCAUCCUCCUCGCUCGAAGAACACCCUAGUGCGUCGCUUUCACUCUCAAAUUCACUGUCAGAGUUGAACAGGGGCUUUCUGUUGCACACGCGACUCACAUGUGAGCUGUCAACGGCAGACGCCAUCAUUCCAAUUUCGCGAAAAGGCGCAAAAAGUACGUGAUUCCAAACAUGCGGUCUUUGAGCACUGAAAUUAUGCAUGCAGUAAGACUGGCCAAUUUGGUAUUUCAAGAAAUGUAGUCUACUUAUCUAAGCUUGACUUAAUAUUCCCCCUUUGGUUUCCCUUUAAUACUUCAGGCAAGCAUGAUUCACUCGUUCAUUAGAAGUCAGCCUGCGAGCAACUGGCCUGAUGCGCUGCUUUGCACUUUCAUUAGUGUAAAGCCUUUUGUGAGGAAGUAACAUGAGUACUUUGGUGGCUGGAUCUUGCUCUGUGGUUGCUUCGAUGUUGGGUCUGCAGAAGUGCUGGUUAUGCCUUGAAACCUAACAGUUACAGGCUAGGUAUUCCUAGGCAGAGACUGUCUGCGCUGUAUUGGAGGGGAAUGAGAAAGUGGUGCAUUGAUUAUCUAUCGAAUACCGAUCACUUUUGGCCAGGAUGUGAAGCCUAACAUCACCACUUCCUCCUGAAAGAGUGUGCUUCAAGAAUAUGGUUAGUUUCUUUUUCUUUAUUAAGCUAAGUAGACGAAUUCUCGAGCGUGAAGUAUGUUUGUUAGUUUAGCUGUGAAUUACUUUUUAUGCACAUGCUUGGUGUAAAGCCUGUUUCACAUGGUGUGAAUUUACCAAGGAAAAUUUAAUGCAUGUUUUACUGUAUAUAUGGUACUCUGCACACUUUCUCAAGUGGCUGUUCGCAAGUGCCAUUUUUUAUGCUUGAGCAGGAAAUUAUUUUUGGACUAUGUUGUGCUGGGUAGCACGGAAUAAUACAACAUAAUGCAAUUUAAAACACUUCAUAGCAUAGGUUCUUUCCUGUUUUUUUUUUUUUCCAUUCUGGUAGCUUGUAAUCUAUGGUACAGUAAUGUUUUAGUAGCCUCAUACAGUGAUGUUCUUCAACCAUGCAAGAUGCAAGCAACGUUGGGCUGCCUCGUACAUUAGGCGAGGGGGGGGGGGGGGGGGGGCUGGUAAAAUACAGUGAGCAGGUUAUGCUAAACAGAAAGAAACAUCUUCAUUCCAAAGCGUAGAUAUCCGCUGCUGUUAUGCGGUGCUUAUUUUCAUGCUAAUCCCGGCCUAUGCUGUGUGCAAUAAACCUGAACGUCGCCGAUGGCUUGUCUGUUUCAAAACAAUGCGAAGCUUUACUUAAGUGUGUGCGUAUUGUGAAAGUGUAUGAGAAAGUGUAUUAGUAUUAGCAUAAUUGAAGUUGCAGCGUAAGCAGAGUUACGGCACCAGUUACAGCGUAUGCUGAAUGGCAUCAUAAGUUGAGUUAUAGCAGAAGCUUAAGAGUGCGAAAUCACAUCCGCCCGCGAAUCACAAACCAGUCAGCCAUGGAACAAUGAGAUAUUGACACCAUGUGAAACAGGUUUGCAUGAAGACCUUAUCUUUUCUAGAUCAGAUACGAUGAUAUGAAUGCCUGUAGUUAGAUAUGAAGCUCUAAAGGAGUGAUUUGGUGUCCGGGCUGCGUCGCAAGACUGCAAAAUUUCUUUUCAGUGCCUGUGUGAAUAGCAAAAUUUGCUGGCAUUGCUGUUCUAACAUCACAAAUUGCAUUAGGUGUAGGUAGCUUCCUUAGCACUUACUAAGGCCUGUCAAGCCAGUACUUUCUGCACACAGUGUGGGAGGAUAGGUUGGAGUAUAUAAGCAUGCCCCUAUAUACUGCCGUUUUGGUCUCUCUUACACAAGUGGAGGGCACAUUAGUUUGCACAUUUUCUGUGCAAAUGUGUGUUUAUCUUAGUUUGUUGACUACAAUUGGUUCUCAAAUGAGUGAAGAUGUAUUGUCAAGGCAGCAUUUACGAUCAGUGAAUAAUCUGUGCUGAUUGACUCAUUAGCAGCCCCCCCCCCCCCCCCCUUUUUUUUUUACAGGAAAAGUAUUUUACUCCUUGUUUUGAUAUAUUGAUAUUAAGAGUCAACUUGCUGUCAUGGUAUGGCUUUUUUUUUUUUUGUAAUCUGCAGUUGAUACAUGAGUUGUGUUGUGUCUAGGACUUGGCUUGCAGAUGCAGUGCUUUUAAAGGCUUCAUUAUUAAUGUGGGGAGUGGGGCUUCUAAGUUAUUAAGUGUAUGUGUGCUUUUAUGACGCUUUUUGGUGUACUAUUUGUUGUUUGUGCAGAUUUGUUCGACGGUCUGUAGCAAAGAUCUCUGAUGUUUCAUGCUUUGCUUUCACACACUGGUUUUAUCAUACUUUGUUUACCAUGGCACCUCUGUUAUCUUAUAUUUUAUUGUGUUUUCAGUUCUUGUUUUCAGAAUGUUCACAUUGUUUUGCUCUUUGCUCUCUUUUUGUUGUACAUUUCAGCGGUGCAAAUUUAUCACGUUGUAUCACAACUCUCGCUUAUUGAUGUUUCCGAGCUUUUGUUACUGUUGCAACCAGCCGCAGGACGUAUUUAUGUGCAUGUUACAUGGUACGCUUGUCGUGGUUUGCGGGUCCAGAACUAGCCAACUGUUAUUUACUUUCCUAGAACACACACAGUUUGUUUAUUUAUUUACUGUCUGCACUCCUUGUAACUUAGUCAUUUAAAUUACCUACUGGGGAGAACUAAGUCUUGUACAAGAACCUAUUUUAAGUGUUUUAUGGUGAUGGUGUCCGCAUGAACAGUCGAGUUUCUGACAUGUUUUUGGAGACUUGCUGCUAUGCGCUAAGCUUAUGUAAUGCCCAUUCUUUCUCUUUUUUGUACAUUUGUUUUGAACCAGCUAUUUUUUGGCCACUUUCUAAAUGCUCGAUCGAUUUCUUCUUGGCAUCAUGUAAACUGUUGUUCUCUUUAAGGUGUUAGACAUAAUGCUUUUGCUUCGCAACUCCAGUAACAGUUUGUAUUUUGGCCACAACUGCAAAGAACAACUAGUAAUCGUGCACCAUUUUUUUUUUUUAUGCUUCUCUCUUUCUACAUUCCAUUCACUCUGCUCCGCUUUUGCAGUUUAGAGUACAACCUCAUUGACCUUUUAUAGGCCCUAGGUGCCACAAAAACACAAUUUGCACUCAUGUUUCAUCGCAUUGCUGUUCCCUUCUGCUGCAUAUGUAAGCGUAGGGUCUUGGCCUUUAGUAGAAGCAUUUAUGCCACAACCUAUGUUAUCUACUCUAGAUGAACCUAGACUGCACCUUCCUGUUUGAGUUACCACAACUCUCGCACUAGCUUUCGGUUGAUGCCUGCUUGGAUUUAUGGUGCAAUCAUCAGAUAUUUAAAUGGCAAGAGCGUUAUCACGUGUUAUAAAGACAGUAAUACUGCCUUAGGUGCCACAAUAUUUAUAUGCAACACUGGCAGCAUGGCUUACUCUGGAAGAGCAGCAGAAAAACUGCAGCCUUUCUAACCAGUAUUAUUCGGUGCUAAUACAGUAGAACAUUGAUUUAAGGAAGUCGUAUCUAGAGCUGAAAAUUGCAAAUUUUUUGUGUUGCAAUUGAAUUGAGGCCUUCAGUGUUCAUGGUGUGGUGAAAUGUUUUUUUAUCAAGCACAACAGGAUCACAUAGAGCAUUUCUUAGCGCAUCAAAAUGUGCCACAAGCACUUGUCCAGGCUACAUGGGCUGUCACACCAUGUCUCGGUGAGCAUGCAAAGAGAAUGACAACCUUGCAGUUAGACUAGUCACCGUUCACUGAAAAACAGCAUCCUGAAAAGAGCAAUGAAGCUACGAAGUAGCUAUGUAGGCAUGAAGCUACGAAGUAUGUUUUACAUAAAACAAUUUAAAAAAUGUUCUAAAGUUUCAAUUUAACAGUCUGCUUUUAACAUGUUGUGAACUGCUGUGAACUGCAUUAAUUACAAUCUUCGAAGCAUACAAAACAGAGUACAAAACUGAUACUAUAUUAUAAGAUGCUUAGAAAUAUGCCACUAAUUUGAGAUUAGGACCUUGGCAAGGCUUGUUUAUGCAGUGCACAAUACAUAUUUGUCAGAUUUGGCAACCUUUGCAGAUACAGCUUACAGAUUUGUGUUGUUUUUGUUGUGGAGUAAUGUGGUUGUAACGUUGGUGGCUAAAUUGUUCAAAAUUGACGAAUUUUUGGCAAUUUCGCUACUAAGCAUUCAAGCUUUAAAUCAAAAUCUUGCACCCAACAGUCGGUAAUAUCUAACUUGCACUCUUUAAUGAAACAAGUUUAACUCGAAUCAGUUCAGUGGUUGUCUUAAAAGGAACAGUCAUGUGUUCCACAUGUAUUUAAACCGGAAAAAAUUGUAGUUGGGCUCAAGCUAAUGCUCCUGUUUUUGGGUUGCUUGGAUAAAAUAUGGUUGGAAUUACGACCGUUAUUGUGCAGCUCUGUUUCAAAUGUGCGCACUCUGUGAGGUAGUUGCGAUUGUGCAGCUCUUAAUUGUACAGCAUGGCAUUGAACUGCUUAUAAAACAGCAUGGGCUUUGAACAUUUAUUGCCUAAUAUUGUCAAAUAAGAACUUUACCUUCGCUUCAUUAGGUGUUAAUUAUUCAUCUGAAGUCUCCAAAACGUGGAUAUAUUUGACAUAUGCCUAGUCACAAUGGCAGUUAGAGCCUGCCUACUUCUGUGAACAUAAAGAUAGGCACUUGACCAGCCAUCUCAAGAUACUGAAGUACUGCAUUUUCUCGAGUUUAACCACCCCAUGAAUUAUACCACCCCUUCCUUCCAACACCAACAAGACUCGGGGUAAAAUGGUCAGAAAAAAAUACAUGCCACUGUUUCACUUAUCUUGAACUUGAUCAUAAGGACAUAAAAAGAAAUGGAGGGGGGGGGGGUUAUAUUUGAGUAAAUACAGUAUUUGAAUGUGCAUAUCACACAUGGCAGCUAUUUGGGUAGGACACUAGAUGAAGUGGUAUGACGUGUGUUGCAGGCCUUUUGCAAUGGUUUAAAAAACAAACAGCCACCCUGGCUGUAAAAAUCUAAAACAGUCAUUAAAAUAAUGGAAGGCUGGGUGCACCAUCUGUUCCUAAAAUGCGUAGCCCAGCAUGACUGUCACCAUAACAGCCACAAGUCAUCGUUAUGGUGGUAUUUUUGUUGCUGGCACUCACUUGCUUUAAAGUCCACAGAGACCACUCUACUACUAUCAAAUAAGCCCAGUGACAGAAGCAACAGCUUCACCGAAGGCCUCGCAUCAGCUUCGCCCACAAUUGUGAAGGGGUCUUUCUUUUUUUAGAGCAGAUGGUACAUCUUGUACACACAGUACCGGAGUAGACCGAUAUGUACCGUACUCAAUUACAUUGCUGAUGUGUGUUUUGUGGAAGAUAUCGGGAUGUGGGUAGGGAGGGAAACAGUCCUGCACAUACCACCACUUUUCACAUGACUGCCCAGACAUUAUGUAUGCUUGACAAUGAGACACACAUAUCGAGUCAUUUUCUCGGGCUAAUAUUUGCACGUGUGCAAAUGCCUUGUAAAGCCAUUUCUGCAGAGUAUUAUUUUUGUGACCUGGACUGCCUGCGUGGAACGGUACAGGCUGUUGCACAUUGUACAGAGUCUAGUGCACCGAGUAUUUUUGUAUGUAGAUGCCUCCCUUUUUGAGUCCUUGUUAGAUCCAUGUGCCUCCUGUUAUGUUGCAAUGGUGGCAGUAAAGCUUUUUUU